CUCAAUCCAUCGGAAGAAAAAAAAAAAGGAAAACCCCGAUCUCUCAUCUCUCUGUUUUCGAUUAUUGUUUAGUCGUGUCGAUAUCCACCGGCAGUUUUCAUCAAGGAAAACAACAAAAGAUGUACCAUGGAAAAGUGGUUGGUUCUGCUGCUGCAGAUAUGGAUCUUGGUGACGAAACCAAGAACCUCAAGGGACAUACCUGCGGCAAUUGUGGGAUUAUUGGUGAUCACUGGACAAAAGAUUGUCGUUCUGGAAUAUAUGGCAGGCAAAAAAAACUCUAUCCGUUUUAGGAACCUCCCCACAGAUACCCUCGACAAAGACUUGAAAUGGCUGUGCCUUACUUAUGGCCCAGUUGUUCGUGUUGCUGGUCCUGAAAUUAAGGAGAUGGGAGACCGAGCUGUGGUAGCAUUUGAGAACAGGAAAGAUGCACAAAUGGCAAUUGACAGUCUCAAUGGUUCCACUUUCAAGGGUCGUGUUAUCACAGUCGAGUGGUGUUCUGUACCAGGCCUCCAAAAAAAUUCAUGCAGGCAUUGUUCCAAGACUGACUCGAAUUUGAUUGCUUAUAAGACGAUGGGCAAGUAUGUCCAAAACGCUAUCCGUGUUAGAAACUGCGCAGGAAAGACUGACAGGUCGGACAUAGAGGGGCUAUGUGGUACUAUUGGGCCAGUCUUUUGUGUUUUUGAGCCUGGAUUGUAUUAUGAGGGCAAGGGACAUCUAGGUUUGCUGGUGUGCUUUGAGAACAAGGAAGAUGCAGUGAAGGCAGUUGACACGCUCAACGGUUCCCUUUUUAAGGGUCGCAUUCUCAAAGUUGAGUGGCCUUCUACGAUAUCUCAAGGGUUGGGAUAGCUCAGUUGGUAGAGCAGAGGACUGAAAAUCUUCGUGUCACCGGUUCAAAUCUCGUUCCUGACAUUGAGCAUUAAGUUGUCUCUGUGUUUUGUAAACCAACUUAAGCCCUACUUAUGCCCUUGCGCAGGGUAUAUCUGGGGUAUAUCUUUGAGUGCUAUCUGUAAAUAGUUUAUUUAUGAUAUCUGUUAACUAUUUAUGUUAUCUGUUUAACUGGAAAUGCACACUUGAGGGAAGUGUCGUAUGAGCUUAGCUCAUGCUGGAUGAUGUUUUCUUACAGUUUUUAACUUU